GGGUGGAAGAGCUGCCUUAAAACUCGCCCUCCUUUUCUCUCGCACUCGCGCCUUCCCUGAACCGUGAGAACCUUGCCCCCCGGGGCACCCGCCUGUCCCAAACCCGUGUAGAAACGACCUGCAGGAGGGCAAAACUUGGCCCCGGCCGCCGGCGCGCUUCUCCAGCGGGAGCCUUUGCGGGAACCGGGAAACUGCGGAGCGCUCGAGGGUGCCAGGGUGCAAACAUGGAGGCCCCUCGGAUGGGGAACCUCUACCUGGAAGACCCCUUGCUCCCGGGAUACCUGAGAGCCCACCUGCCCGCCCAGGUGUUCGCCGAGGUGAACAUUGAUCUGGAACGGUUUGGAGCUCGUUUGAGAGAUGAAAUUGGCUUCUUGGGCUGUGAGUGUGAGCUAAACCCUCCUAGAUUAUUGCAUUUUGAUGCCUGGGGGCAACGUGUGGACCAAGUGAUCACCUGCCCAGCCUGGAAGAGGCUGAAGGACAUCUGUGCUGAGGAGAGCCUUGUGGCUGAAGGUUAUACAAGGAGAUAUUCCAGUUGGAGCCGUGUUUAUCAGAUUGCCAAGGUGUAUCUUUUUAUGCCCUUUUGUGCUUGCUAUGGAUGCCCUCUAGCCAUGACUGAUGGAGCAGUAAAAGUAAUUGAGUCUUUAGGUAUCCCAAAACCCCUGGAAGAAGCCUAUGCUCAUUUGACCUCAAGUGACCCCAAGACCUUCUGGAUCUCUGGCCAAUGGAUGACAGAACGCAAAGGCGGCUCUGAUGUCGGAGGUGGAACAGAAACUGUUGCACGGGAACUUCCAGAUGGCUCCUACAGUCUGCAUGGUUUCAAAUGGUUCACAUCAGCUGCUGAUUCAGACAUGACGCUGACAUUGGCAAGGAUUGUGGGCCCUGAUGGGCAGAUACAACAGGGCUCCAGAGGCCUCUCUCUCUUCUACCUGAAAAUCUAUGAGGAUGGGAAGCUGAACGGCAUAAAAAUACAGAGGCUGAAAGAGAAGCUGGGCACAAGGGCGGUGCCAACGGCAGAGCUGUGGCUGGAUGGCGCUCGAGCACAUCUGAUCUCUGCAGAAGGCAAGGGGAUGGCUUGUAUUGCCAACAUGUUGAACAUCACUAGGAUCUAUAAUACCAUCUUUGCAGUUCAUCAUAUGAGAAGAAUUGUCGACCUGGCACGGGAUUAUGCCACCAAAAGAGAAGCCUUUGGAAAACCCCUUAAAGAUCACCCUUUGCACAUGCAAACUAUGGCACGAAUGGAGGUGCAGACCCAAGCAGCGUUCCUGCUGGCGAUGGAGCUGGCGAGACUGCUUGGCCUGGAAGAAACGAAGAUGGCGACGGAGCAGGAGAAGCACAUGCUGAGGCUGCUCACCCCUCUCGCUAAACUUUAUACUGCAAAACAGGCUAUCGCUGUGGUCUCAGAAGGCCUGGAAUGUUUCGGAGGACAGGGCUACAUGGAAGACACAAACCUGCCUGCCAUUCUUCAGGAUACCCAGGUGAUGUCAAUCUGGGAGGGAACCACGAACAUCCUGUGCCUGGAUGUUCUGCGCUGCAUUUUCAAGAGCCAAGGAAAAGUGCUGGAUGUCUUUUUCUCCACUGCCCAGACCAAGUUGGAGGCAGCUACUCAGCAGUCCGAACUGCAGGCUUCCGUGCAAAUAAUUCAGAAUAAUCUGCAAAAACUCAAGCAGUUUGUUCGAAGAAUGGACUCAAAGGGAGAAGCUGGCUGGCAGCUUGCAGCGAGAGACUUUUCCUAUACUUUGGCAUGGACCUAUGAAGGAGUCCUUCUACUGGAGCAUGCCGCCAGGGCUGGUGCAUCAGACACAAACAUCUACGCUGCUCAGAGGUGGUGUCAGGAGAACGUCUGCCUUGUGGACAGAGAAGAGAAGGCUGGUUCUUACAACUCUGAAGCAGUUUCCCUGGAUAAAUCUUUGGUUUAUGAUGGGUAUUCUUCUCUGCGAGGAAAGCUGUAGCAAAGUAUUAGGAAUGUGAAAGAAGCCAACAUGACCUGGGUGAGAAGUGUGUCUGUAUUAUGUAUGCGUAUACGCGAGUCUCAAGUUUUCUUUUCAAAACAAGUUUGAAGGGACCCAUGUAGACAACGUUCCCACAUUAAAAGCGCCUCCAUUGUACGUUAAAUGGUCAGUUGGCUUCUGAACUCACAAACUGACUUUUGAAAUAAUUUUUAAAGAUAGAAACAGUGUCACUGCUCUACUUUAAAUAUAUAAUUUUAAGCAAUCUUUCCCAUUUCUUGCUCUCUGGAUCUGCUGGCCUUCAACUCUCAUGUCUCAUAGAACAGGUUAUCCACUAGGCAAUGGCAGUUGAAGGACUCAGUAAACCACUUAGAGAGGGGCUGGAAAGUACUGCGAAGUGGUAUAUAAGUCUAAGUGCUAUUGCUAUUACCAUAAUUAGUAAUCUAAUUGCUGGCAGCCUUUGAAACUCCUCUAUUUAGCAUUACAACUAAAGAUACAAACAACAGAACAGAGAGUAAUUAAGCACUUAAAGCAGUUCAAUUUUUUUAAUUUUUUAAAAAACUAUUUUAAUUGGUACAAGAAUGUGAACUACAGUAACCAAAUGGAGACAACCGGAUACCAAAUAAUAGUGCCUUUGCUCUUUAAAAAAAAAUCAUUGGACUUGCUGAUGCUGGACUUGAUGCAAUGGACCUUUUCUUGGAUAUAAUUUCCAUAAAAAUAAACUUUAUUCUGACUCUUCUGCUUUACUGUAUUCCACAUUUUUUUUUCAUGAAGAUCCACUGUUGAUUUCCUUUUGAGUUGAGUUCCUGCAUUCCUUUUAUCUAGACGUCAACCAUGAAAACUUCCAUAAAUUUAAACGUCAUACUUCCCGUGGUCAGCUGUUGCUGAUGAAGCAAGUCCCAAAUUACUGGAAUUAUUUGCAGAUCUGGAUAGUGGAGGAUCUAAGUUCUGUUUGCAGGGAGAGCUUGCUUUUAAAUGUUUACUGAGCUGAGGGGAAAUGGAUGCCUCUGUUUAGUAAGGGCUAGUACCGUUUAGAUGUUAUAAGAUUCACCCAAAAUGUCAAUGGAUACCUGCUGUAAUGGUUGAGUUACUGACACCAAGUAUAAGAACAACAAUGGGAGGUACAGCUGCCCAAAAAACAUAACUGGCUAGUGCAGAACAGCUUCACUUUUCCAAUGUUGUUUUGAUAAAGAAAACAAAAAGCACCAAGAACAAUUUUUCCAAAAGGAUGUUCCAAAAAAAAAA